AUGGUGGCAGAAAGAGAUCCCAAGCAAAACACUGCAAGUGCGGUUGUAGACGACGAUGAGCCAGAUGAAUGGNNGACAAGCGUAUCUUCAGCACUGGCUGCUCUGNUCGAAAACACACGUCUGAACGACUGCUUCUUCGAAAAGAAAGAUUGGAGACAGUGCAAGUCAGAGNNAUGGAAGAGUUUAAGCAAUGCUGGAAGAAGCAAGGCAAUGAUCGUAGAACCGAUCAGAAGAAUGUCUGAAAAGAUUGAGAGUUUG